GGACGAUAUGCUUGUCCACAGGCAGCUGCUAGAGGAGAAACGACAACGCAUCAUAGCUAAGAUCAAAGAAAACCCGAAAUUGAAUCUUGCCGGUGGGACGAAGCGCAAACGCCAUUUAACUGGCAAGACCACCGACACCCUGAAGAAGUUUGGUAGAGGUAACCGAAAUAUACGCCCAACGGCAAGAUAUUCCAGAAACGUUAAUAAGAACGCGGAGCCGCAAGAUAAUCGGCAGGAAACCUCGAGGAAAAGUACACGAAGAAAGUCUAAGUCGCGAAAAGAGGAUCGCGUGAAUAAAUGUUGCGAAGAGGAAACGACAAAUCGAGAUGCCGCGUUGAAAAGUUCCGAUCCUAGCUUAACGAAUUGCGGGAAUAAUGGUAACAAGCCAUUCGAUGAUCAAACGGCAAAACGAUCGCACGAAAAUGACAUUUGUGAAAACGACAUGGUUGAAAAUUGUAAGAAGGGUAAAUCUACGCAUAAUGUCUUGUCAGAGAAUCAAGAUCGUUUGAAGGAGAUGCCGGAUUCCAAGGAGAGUAGAGAUAAAAACAGAAUUAAAAGCAAUGCCGGCGGAGAAGGAACAGAGGAGACGCUUAAAACUGUUAGUGUACAAGACAAGAUUUUGCAGAAAGAAACAAAUUCGGAGAAAUAUAUCGUUGUACAGGAAACACUGGCUCUGGAUAAGGUAAAGCGCGAACAGACGGAGGAUAAAGCGAAUAAACUGAGACAAUUGCCGAAUGUUGACAAAUCUGAUUACAAGACAUUAAGGUACAAGGUAGAUCAGGUAAAGCGCGACUUAUUUAGUGAUGAGGAGAACGAUAACAGAACAUCCUCGACUGCAAGUGCGAGAGAUAACAAAGCCAAGAAGAUCAAAGCGGACGCGGAGGCUCAAGAUCCCGAUGAAGUUCCGGCCAGGGAGAAUGUUAACGUCGAGAAUCCCAAACAGGAAUUAUCGACCGUUCUUCAGUGUUUGCAAUUAGUGCCCGCGUCCAAAAAGGAGCAGUCGAACAAGAAUAGAAAUCAAACUGAACAGCAACGCAAAGAGCAGAGUGAAUCUGAAAGUGAGGGCGAUGACGAGUCGCAUCGGACAGCUGACGUCCGUAGAGCCGAGUAUCACUUCGUGUACGACGACAGCGUACCGAUGAGAAAGAGAAGGAGGAGAUACAGCGCACACGAGUUACAGAUCGAGAUCAGUCAUGCCAAUCUCUCGGAUCCGAACCCCGUUGAGUGCAUCAAGAUAAUGAAAGCUACCGAAUUCGAGGAAAUAUUUAAUCUCCCGCCUAAGAAGCGGACGGUGAAUAAGAAAUCACGCACGAAGAACGAAAAAGUUUGCGAGACACCUCACCACACGGACAAAGACAUACUUAAUUUAAAAGACGACACCACGAAACCCUUGGCAACCUCAUCUCCUGUAGACGAAUUAUCAAAAGCUAAAACAAAGAAGUUGAUCAUAAAAAUUUCUACGACAAAUAAAACCAAUACGCAAUCUGAUGCGAAGAAAAAGCAAAAAGUGGAUAAGCAUAAAGAAAAAGAUAUUACCAAAAGCCGAAAGCGAAAGCUAUCAGAAGCAAAAGAAACGAAGCAGGUGGAGAAGAAAUGCACGACUGAUCCGCAAACAUUACUCAGUAACUUGGAUGAAGUAGAUUUGAAUAAAUUUCUGUCUACCGUUCACGGACCUGAAUAAUGCUCUCUUUUUUGUACAUAUGUAUAAAAAAAUGUAAAUAUUAUCUUUUCUAUUUUUAUAUAAUUAUACAUAGUG